UUUGCUUCUUUCCUAAAGAUGAGGUUUUCUCUAUCCAUUUCCGGAAAGUGGGCGCUUGCCGGCGUCACUUUCUUCUUGCAACAACAAUCCUUUAUGCAUUUUCAAGGUAAAUUGUUUCUGUCUCUCUGACCUUGCUUGACGGCGAAUUGGAUACUGGAAGCACGAUUCAGUGCAGUAUCCAGCUUCAUCCUGUUCUUGCUCUUUGAUUUCUGGGUUGAAUUUCAACUAAUUUCAGUACUCCGGCGGGAAUUUUAUGCAAGUUGUUUUGAAGUUGAGAUAAUUUACGUUCCUAGAAUUGAGUAUUCAAAUGGCAAUCUCGUGUAUUCCAACAAGCCAAUUUGCUCUCUCAAAACCCAAGAAUGAGUUCAUAAAUCAACCCCACCCACUUUCUCUUUUCUCCAAAUGUUCAUCUCUGAGGGAGCUCAAGCAAAUUCAAGCUUAUACCAUCAAAACAAAUCUUCACAAUGACAUCUCUGUUCUCACAAAGCUCAUUAAUUUCUGCACGCGUAACCCCACCAUUUCGUCCAUGGACCAUGCCCACCACCUGUUCGAUAAAAUGCUUGACAAGGAUAUUGUACUGUUUAACAUAAUGGCUCGUGGUUAUGCUCGCUCUAAUUCUCCAUAUCUUGUAUUCUCUCUUUUUGCUCAAGUCCUGUGCUCUGGAUUGCUUCCUGAUGACUACACAUUCUCGUCUCUUCUCAAGGCGUGUGCUGGUUCCAAGGCCUUGGAAGAAGGCAGGCAGUUGCAUUGCUUUGCUAUUAAACUAGGACUUGGUCACAAUAUUUACAUAUGCCCAACCCUUAUAAAUAUGUAUGCGGCGUGCAAUGACAUGAAUGCAGCACGGGGAGUUUUUGAUGGAAUGGAGGAGCCAUGUAUUGUUAGCUAUAAUGCCAUUAUUACAGGCUAUGCUCGAAGUAGUCAACCCAAUGAGGCUUUGUCAUUGUUUAGAGAAUUGCAAGCUAGCAAUCUUGAGCCUACUGAUGUUACAAUGCUUAGUAUAAUUAUGUCAUGUGCUCUGUUGGGAGCACUAGAUCUUGGAAGGUGGAUUCAUGAAUAUGUUAAGAAGAAAGGAUUUGAUAAAUUUGUGAAGGUGAACACUGCACUUAUAGAUAUGUAUGCGAAAUGCGGUAGUAUAGUUGAUGCCAUUUCGAUCUUCGAGGGAAUGCGUGUGAGAGACACACAAGCUUGGUCUGCAAUGAUAGUUGCAUUUGCAACUCAUGGGGAUGGCUUGAAAGCCAUCUCGAUGUUCGAAGAGAUGAAGAAAGCAGGAGUUCGACCUGAUGAGAUUACGUUUUUGGGACUUUUGUAUGCUUGCAGUCAUGCUGGACUAGUAGAGGAAGGUAGAGGAUAUUUCUAUAGCAUGUAUAAAAACCAUGGAAUAACUCCAGGGAUCAAGCAUUAUGGAUGUAUGGUCGAUUUGCUUGGUCGAACAGGUCGACUAGACGAGGCUUAUAAGUUCAUAGAUGAAUUGGCAAUUAAGCCGACACCUAUUCUCUGGCGCACCCUGUUAUCUGCUUGCAGCAACCACGGUAAUGUCGACUUGGCAAAGCGAGUCAUUGAACGGAUUUUUGAAUUAGAUGAUUCCCAUGGAGGCGACUAUGUCAUAUUAUCGAACUUGUGUGCUCGAUUAGGAAGAUGGGAGGACGUGAACCGUCUGAGGAAAUUGAUGAAAGAUAGAGGGGUGGUGAAGGUUCCUGGGUGUAGUUCUGUGGAGGUAAACAAUGUAGUACAUGAGUUCUUCUCUGGUGAUGGAGUUCACUCCAUUUCAGUCGAGCUGCGACGAGCGCUCGACGAGUUAAUCAAGGAAAUAAAGUUAGCGGGAUAUGUACCGGAUACUUCUUUAGUAUAUCAUGCUGAUAUGGAAGAGGAAGCGAAAGAGCUUGUCCUGAGAUAUCACAGUGAAAAGCUAGCCAUGGCUUUUGGGCUCCUAAAUACACCUCCCGGUACAACCAUAAGGGUAGUCAAGAACCUCCGAAUUUGUGGAGAUUGUCACAAUGCUGCAAAGCUUAUAUCUCUGAUUUUCGGGAGGCAGAUCGUCAUUAGGGACGUUCAACGAUUCCAUCGCUUUGAAGACGGGCAAUGCUCCUGUUGUGAUUUCUGGUAAUAGAAUAUGUUGAAAUCAUAAGCCAUUGUUACAGUUGACAUUUCUUCUGCAAUGGCCAUGCUCCUUUAUGUUUGUAUAGCCAUGAAGAUCUCAGAACAAGAUUCAUUUGAAGUUUCGACCUCCCCCAUAUAUCCAUCAGUGUAUCAUUGA